ACCUGCACUCUGGAAGCCAGGUGACUGCUCCAACCUGAGAGGGAGAUAAGAUAGCGCAAGGAAACUGAGGUCCGGGGCAGGGAGCAGGACCAGCUGGGCACCAGUCCGGAGAGAAGGGCAGCCCACGCAUAUCCAGAGCAGCAUUCCUCAGUUUACCUCUCUAUCUCUCCGCCCCUCGGAGGUGACUGCAUCCGGGAGGAGCAUAAGGAAUUGUGCUUUGUUAGGGAUGGAGAAGAAAAAGUAGCCGCAGCUCUUGGGAGCCUGAUUCUUGCCGUCUGGGCUCACCGCUGAGUACAGGAGAGGCAGAGAUAGUCAAGUGAGUCUAGAUGCAUAAUGGCCAGAGAAAGACCUGGCCUGCCGUGUUCUGCGGAAGGGCACUGGACCACACCACAGCGCUGGAGUGAGGAAGGCAGCUGGAAAGGCCUGUCCUGACAGCUCCGUAUGGAGGGCGGAGCAGUGCCAAUGGAGAAAGGACCGGGCCGGCUUGGGCAACCUGAGGUUCCAGGUCUCUUUAGGCAUGCCCUGGUUCUGUGACCUUGGCCAGCACCUUUCUCUUCUAAGCCUGUUUCUUCGUCUGCUGAGUAGUCAAAAUCUGCCUUCGCCACUCACCGGGUUUGUGGCAACGGACCACACCUGUUUUUCAGGCACACCUGUUUGUGCAAUGCUGAUGUCUAGCAGCGAAAGCGGAAGCACCUACAGGGCGAGCCCUCGGCCGGCUCUGGGAGCCACCCACUUGCAAGAGGUGCCCAGGACUGUCUUGCGGGGCUCCCUCCGGGCCGCCCCAUCCACUGUCCUCCGAAGCCUUGGGAGCUAGGAGGGGCCAGGGCAGCCCAGGGGCAGCCAUGGCGGAGCCCGAGGCUGGGGCCGAGGACCUGGACACCCUCAUCGAGGAACUGGACUACCUGCCCGGCCACUUCCACCUGGAGAUGCAGCUCAAUUUCGAGCCGCGCUCACCGGCUCAGCUGCGCACUCGGGACCUGAAGCUCCAACGGGAGGGUCUGCGGCAGGAGCUGGAGCUGGUGGCCUCGCCGCAGCUGCUUGCCGUGCGUCACCUCCUGGGAACCUUUUCCUUCUACCUGGAGGAGCUGGACGAGGCCCGCGAGCGUUUCCUGGAGGUGGCCCGCGAAGACCCUGGCAACCUCAACGCCUGGGCCAAUCUGGCACACGUCUACGGGCAGCUGGGCCAGGAGGAAGAGGAGGAGGCGUGCGCCGCGAGACUGGCGGCCCUCAUGGGCCUGGCAGGGGACCCCGAGGAUUCAGGAGACCCACGGCUCCGUGCCGCCCGCUGCCUGGCAGAGCAAGGAUACGCACACGGCUUCGACGUGGGCUGUGCCAGUCCAGAGGAGCGCGCACAGGUGCUGGAGGCAGGCAUCGCGCUCUACGACCGGGCGCUGGACUAUGGGCAGCAGAUCCCAGUAGAGGAGAAAAGGAGCUGGUACUUCACCAUGGCAACACUGUUCAUCAGGCUGGACGGCAUCUUGCUGGAGAUGGGCAGUGAGGAGCAGAAAAGGCUGCCAGCCUUCAACCGCACCCUGGCCUUGCUCCGGCAAGUCCUCAAGUCCUCGGACUCCCGACACCAAGCUUUGGCCUGGUGCUAUGUUGGCAUGCUGCUGGAGAGGAAGGAGACCUUCUUUACCACCCCCAUGGGCGUCCAUGAAUGCGGGUACUCGGGCAUGGAGCCCCUGGACUGCUUUGGCAAGGCCAUUGAGAUCGCCAAGGACCAACCUCCCAUCCUGAAUCGCCUGGCCAAAAUCUUCCACUUCCUAGGAAAGCAGGAUAUGGCUAUAGGAACCUGCAACAUGGCCCUGGAUGUGCUUGGAGACCCACAGCUCAACUGGCAGGCAUACUGCACCAGGGCCAAGGUCCGGAUAAGAGCCUAUGUCCACGACCUGGAACGGGCCAAGGUGGGGCUCGGGGGUAUGCCUGACAGGAACCACCUGGCCUGUGCCAAAGCCGACCUUGAGGAAGUGGUCAAGGUGUACCCAGGCCUCAGGACCUACCUAGACAUCGGCCAGGUUUACUACUACAUGGGCGUGGACGCCAUGCGGGAGCUGCUGGCCGUGGAUGAGACAGCGCUCAACCAGGCGCUGGUCUUCCUGGCGAAGGCUGGCGAGUUGGAGCUGGGAGACACGUUGCCAGAGCUGCAGCUGCUGCGCGGCAAAUGCUUGCGAGUCCAGGGCGAGGAUGCUAACGCUGCAGCCUGCUUCAAGCGUGCGGUGGAGCUGGACGACACCGGCUCCAGCCACACCGAGGGCUUCGGCUUCCUGCUGGAGGCGCUGCUGGCCCAGUGGAGCCAGGCGCAGCUGAGCGAUGGCGAGGUGGGCUGCGAGGUGGACGUCUGGCUGUGCCACGCCCAGAGCAAGUACCCAGUGGCACGCCUACGCCAGGAGCUGCAGCGUGUGUGGCGCGGCCACACCGAUGAGGUCCUGGGCCUGGCCCGUGCGUUGGUAGCCCAGGGACGGCCGGCACUAGUGCGCCUACUCUUUGAGACUAUGGAACACGAGGGCCAUGCAAAAGUCGAGCAUCCUCCUCCUGGGUCAGAUGCUGAUGACCUGAUGAGGCCCGGUCCCGAAGAGGCCCCACACAGAUGAUUGGAUCUAGUCAUGGCAUUCAAAAGAGCCCACCUGUCAGAGCGAGCAGAGACAGAAUGUUCUCUGCGCUGGGCUACAGUUCAGUAGAAGGCUUGCCCAGCAAACAUGAGGCCCUGGGUUCGUUUCCUAUACCUGGGGGGUGGGGGGUGGGGUCAAAGCAGAUUUUCUCCCCCCACCGAAACUGCGAAUGGGUAUUUUGGAACGUUUUGUAAAUUUGAAAUAGCCAUAAGGCAGAAAAUGAGCACUUGCAGGAAAUCCUGCAGGACAAGGAGUCUGGGAGCAGGGCAUGAGAGGCCACUGGAAACUGGCCGCCUGAGGAAAAGAAUUGGACAACACACAGCGAAAAUAGGAUGGCUCAAGUCUUCCGACAGAAAAGAUAGCUGUCUCGGAUGUGACUUGCUAUCCCUGAUGUCUGAGUGGCUGCCAUUGAAGUCCCAAGGGCCACACUGAAAAGUUUCGCUGAGUGGGUCUCAAGUCCUCAGCCAGAAAAGCCUCGAUAAAACAGACCAAGGUGGCACUGAGCGUGGGUACAGACUGGGUUCUGACUUCAGCCUGGGUGCUCAGAGUCGGUUCCUUCCUCUCCAUCAGCUUCCAGCAGGCCUCUGCUUUGGUCAGCCUUCUUGGCAGGCUUCCCAAAGUCCUUGAAAUAAAAACUCAUCAAAGACACCCUCA